ACACACACACCGGGACCAUGGGUACCCUUGCGGGACACCUGCUGCCAGGGAUGUUCUUCCUCCUCUUCUCACUCUACUACUCAGUGCUGACGUCCUUGGCCCUGCUACGGGGACAGAGGUUCCUCAAACCCCCUCUACCUCCAAGGGAGAAGCGAGGACACAGGUGGUGGCAGCUGGUACCCGUGGAAGGGGUGGUGAAGGUGGUCGUCACCCUGCUCGGCAUCAUCCCCGAGUUCUUCUACCCCCCAGGAGUGAACCGGUUGACAAUGGUAGACUGGGAGGACCCUCGGCGGCCGUUCUUAUUCAAGGACAACUGGCAACAUGUCACCAUGUACGGGUUCUUCCUGCUCAGUGGCGUGGUGGACAUCGUGAGCCAGUCAUGUUGGGCACGGCAGAAUAUGAAGCUGGAGCGAGCAGCCGAGGCCCUGGCCUUCUGUGUGCUGGCGCUGCUGAUGGCGUCCCACAUUGAGAACAAGGGCACCCUGGAGAUCCGCGUGCACCUCCUGUUCAUAGUGCCCACCUUCCUGGUCGGCCUGGUGCUCACCAUCGAGGUCUGGGUCCCUGACCAGCCUCCACUCUGGGUGCUCAAGACCUGGAUGGGGCUGGUGCUCAGCAACUGGAUGCUGCAGCUCUGUGUGCUAAUGUACGCUCCUCCCUCCGGGCAGCCCUGGAAAGGAGAAAACCCCAUAGAUCUCGCCUUCCUCACCGUCUUCUUUUGCUGGCAUCUGGGCAUAGGAGCCGCCGUGCUGGCUGCUGUCUAUGGCCUCUGCAGCCUCUGGCACCAUCACUGGUCCUCCUGGAGAGAGGCCCCAGGCACCAAAUACCAGCCGUGCCCCACGGGCUACAGCAGCGAAGAGCUUGAGAAGCUCAGAGAAGGGGUCGUGCUGCAGGAUGGGGGUGUCUAGGUUUGGAAGCUGUCUUUGUGCUAUGCCUUUUGCAAUGAGAGUUUUGAAGAUGCCCACUGUGUGCAUAGCAUGGAAAUGCCCUGGGAUCUACAAAGUAGCUUUCCAUCACAGGAGUCAUAUUUCUUGUUCCUAAAUAAACCUUCCAACUCCUAGGAUUACUUCUAAUUAUCACUCGCUUCUCUCUAGGUCUGUCUCUGUCCUGUCUCACUAUUCGGUCUGUAUGGUUCCUGGCAAUGGACUUACAUGAAGUGAGAAUAAGCGUAACGCUUUUCUCUGACAGCUUUUGGGAUCCAAGAGGAGGAAAUGAAAUGAGGAAAGAGAGAGAGACGGAGAGUCGCUGGGGACUCAGGGCGAGUUCUAGCUGUCUGAGGCAGGGCUGGCUUAGUGUGUGUAUGUGUGUGCCCAGAGCUGAAGUGUUUAAAUGUGUGAAAGAGAGAGGGUCCGUUUUUGCAUAAUGGUGAGGGCUUCUGUUUUCUUUAUUUCUCUCUUUUUUUAUUCACAGUAAGUGUAGCAGGAUGAAGAGCUGGUUUUGUUGUUGUUGCUGUUUUUCAAUCUAAACUGAAUGAGGCUACUUCUGCCUUCUAAGGGAGUAAGGGAUGAGGGGAAAAGAGUGGCAAUGGGUUCAGCAGGGGCUCAAAUCUGGGGAGAAAAGAGGCAAGGGAGGAAUUCCCAAUGGUGGUUGGAAGA